GAGUCGGAGAGUCCCAGGCGCGAAGUUCCCUGGCCUAGAAGAGGGGUGGCCCGAAGUACGAGAUGCAGGCGGGGAAGCCCAUCCUCUAUUCCUAUUUCCGAAGCUCCUGCUCAUGGAGAGUUCGAAUUGCUCUGGCCUUGAAAAGCAUCGACUAUGAGACGAUACCCAUCAACCUCGUAAAGGAUGGGGGACAACAGUUCUCUGAGGAAUUCCAGGCACUGAAUCCCAUGAAGCAGGUGCCGGCCCUGAAGAUUGAUGGAAUCACCAUUGGCCAGUCACUGGCCAUCAUUGAGUACCUGGAGGAGACUCGGCCCACUCCGCGACUCCUGCCUCAGGACCCAAAGAAGAGGGCCCAAGUGCGCAUGAUUUCCGACCUCAUUACCAGUGGCAUCCAGCCCCUGCAGAACCUGUCUGUCCUGAAGCAAGUGGGACAGGAGAACCAGCUGACCUGGGCCCAGGAGGUCAUCAGUUUUGGCUUUAAUGCUCUGGAGCAGAUUCUGCGGGGCACAGCCGGGAAGUACUGUGUGGGAGACGAGGUGUCCAUGGCUGAUCUGUGCUUAGUGCCUCAGGUGGCAAAUGCUGAAAGGUUCAAGGUGGACUUCACUCCCUACCCUACCAUCAGCCGCAUCAACAAGUCGCUGCUGGCCUUGGAGGCCUUCCAAGUGUCUCACCCCUGCCGGCAGCCAGAUACUCCCCCCGAGCUGAGGGCCUAGCCUCAAACUGUGCCCCACUGGUGCAGGAACAGGGCGGGAGUGCAGGAGCAGAAGCUGGCUGGGCUGAACAGGCCUAGAGAUGAGUGAGCCCCAACUGGAGAGGCAGGAGACUUGAACUACUAGCCCUUGAACUUGAACUCUAGCCCCGGAUCUGCCUUCCGACUGAACCUCCUCCUGCCUUAGUCCCUUCGUCUGUCAAACGUGGGCAGGGUGGGGUGGGAGGAUGCUGGGAGAGAGGUAGGCGGGAACAUUACCUCCUAUCUGUGUCACACAAUCAUGAAGAUGAAUUGAGAAUGUAAACUAAAAUGCCUGGCCAGUUCACCAGAGAGCCAUAAAAUGUCUGUGCACCUCUUCCCAUCCUCUCUACUGUAUCUGACUCCAAAGAGUGCCCACACUGAAAUUUGAUAAUUAACUAAAGCCCAGGUUGUUCAGUUAAGGCUGAGCUGGACUGAGUUCCAGAAGAUUCCUUGCUGGAACCUCCCUGUGUCUGGACCAGGACAGGAGGUCUGCCCACCCUCUGGUAGGCCUGGCCCCUGAGACCCAUAAGGGAAAGAAGACAAAUAAGCCCAAAAGCCUGCCUGAGAGAAUCAGACAAGAUCCAGAAGGGAAUAGAUAUAAGAAGCAGGAAAGAAAGCAUUUUGUGACCAGCUGAGUUCCCAGGGCUAGGAAUGGUACCAUUGUUAAGUGUUCCACUGCAGCACUGAGAGGGAAGUUGGCCCUCUCAACCUGGUCCCUCAGUUUCAGGGGCAGCAUUCUCUGGACCAGUCCCAGGAUUAGGCACUUAGGGUAAAUCCAGUCAUGAAUGGUCCUGGGAACUGGAGGCAGACUCUGAGGGCAGUGUGAACAGCUACUGGCCAG